AUGGGUUUCAUGCUCAAGAAACCCGACGAUGCGGUCGGCGCAACCUGGCCCGCCAUUGCCAUCGGCCUCUUCGUCGCCUUCGGCGGUGUCCUCUUCGGAUAUGACACUGGAACUAUCGGAGGUAUCUUGGCCAACAAAUUCUGGGUGAAUCUAUUCAAGACUGCCGGCAAAGACGACAUCACCACUCCUCAGAACUCCCUGAUCGUCUCCAUCCUAAGCGCCGGUACCUUCUUUGGCGCUCUAGCAGCUAGUCCUAUGGGAGAUAUCAUGGGCCGUCGCUGGGGUCUGAUGUUGUCCGCUGGCAUUGUCUUCAACCUGGGCGUAAUUCUGCAGACUGCCGCCACUGAGCAGCCGAUGUUCAUUGCUGGUCGCUUCUUUGCCGGACUCGGUGUUGGUUUGAUCUCGGCACUGGUGCCGCUGUAUCAGUCCGAGACGGCGCCAAAAUGGAUACGCGGGACGAUUGUUGGAGCCUACCAGCUUGCAAUUACCAUCGGCCUUUUCUUAGCAGCCAUCGUGAACAACGCCGUCAAGGACCGCAAAGACACCGGUGCCUACCGAAUCCCUGUAGCUGUGCAGUUCUUGUGGUCCAUCAUCAUCGUCGUGGGCUUGUUCUUCCUGCCAGAGACGCCGCGCUUCUUGAUCAAGCAGGACAAACACGAGAAGGCAGCCCAAUCCCUUGCCAGAAUCCGUCGCAUGCCUGCCGAUCACCCUGCAUUGAUCGAGGAGCUGUCUGAGAUCGAAGCCAACCAUCGCUACGAGAUGAGCAUCGGCAAGGGCACCUACCUUGACUGUCUCAAGGGCACCAUCGGGAAGCGUCUCGCAACGGGUUGUCUUCUGCAAGCCCUUCAGCAGCUUACCGGCGUCAACUUCAUCUUCUAUUACGGCACGCAGUACUUUAAGAACGCUGGCUUCGCCAACCCAUUCGUCAUUUCCGUCAUCACCAAGUAA